AUGGAAAAACUGUUAAAUCAAGUUAAUACAAUUUCCUACAAACGAGGACGUUGCGACUCAUUGUUUCCAACUCGCCGUUCGUACGACAUUCAAAAAGUUCUGAAAGAAUCAGAAGCCUGCCAAUCUGUAACCGAUAUUUACUUUGCAGAUGAAAGUGCAACUGGGGAUGAUAAAGAAACUUCACUACCAUCCCCCACCAAAUGCAAUGAACAUCAGUUUGUCUCAGUUAAGUUUGGCAAAAGCCAGUUCAUUUUGUGUAAGAAAUUCAAAAUAAGCAGGCUCUGGAAACAAGAACGUCAUGUCAAUGGAGAUGGCCGUGAAGAUUUACUUUUGACCGAAAAAAACUUGAUGAAAUCCAUUGAGGAAUUAUCUAUGAUUGGUGUGAAACAUUGCACGGACAGCAAGCGGUCCGUUCUAAAUCGUCUCAUGUGGUUCAUUUUCGUGUUGCUUGCUCUUUCCCUGGCAUUCUACCAAAUAAAAGACCGUCUGAUGUACUACCUGACAUACCCUACAUCGACAGAAUUUGACAUCGUGCGUUCUGACAUGACACUUCCCCAAGUUACAAUUUGCAACCACAAUAAAGUUAAGAAAUCUUCAGCUGAACGUCUAGGUCUGGUGAAGUAUUUCGAAAAAAUAAGAUCUGUCGGCGAAAUUGAUAUUUCAGGCAAAUAUCCUGAACAGGAAUUUGUCAACAACUCGGAACAUAUUCAGCUAAGAAAAUUUUUAUCUCCAGGACUUGAAGAGCUGGUGUUUGUUAGAAAAACAAAAACAAAUUCUUUGAACGGACCUGGUGCAACAGCGGGUCUGGUACUGGUUUUGUACGCUAACCGAUCUGAUUAUCUGUUGUACAGGGAUUUAGCUUAUGGAUUCAGUGAACCACCGCGAAUGAUGGAACUUGGUUUCAAAGUCAACCUUGAUAAUGAAGUCAACGUAGUCGUGUCAGUAACAAAUAUAAGCAGAUUGAAACCACCACACGGAAUUUGUAACGACCAGCCUGGCUACAACUGCGUCAAAUGCCAAAUGAGAUGCACCACGGAGUACUUUAUCAAAUUCUGCGGCUGCAGAUAUAUCUACAUGGAAGAGAUUGGCAAUGAGUCGAAAUGUAGUUUCAACGAGGAAAUUUCUUGCAAUCUGAAAAUUUUUGCAGCUCGAUAUUUUCAGAGGCUAGUUAAAAACGACUGCCACUGUCCACAGAUGUGCAGAGAAAUAAUUUACCAAACAUCUGUCACCGGGUCGAAAUUCACUUUCACCGAUCCAAAUUUUUUUAAAAAACAAUUUGGCCAAUUAUUACCAGAGUCAAGGGCGAGAGAUUUUCUUUUUCUCCGCGUUUACCUGUCUAGUAUGCAGUACACGAAAGUUUCUGCCAUCAAGGCCUAUUCAGAGAUGGUGCUGUUGAGUGACCUGGGCGGAGCUUUGGGACUCCUUCUUGGUUCAACUUUCUUGACGAUCGUCGAAAUUUUUGAGCUCUUCUGGGAUUUUUGCUGUCUGGUUUAUGCCAAGAAGAAAAAUUUAACAAAAUACGGAAUAUAUAAAAAUUAUUUAUCGUGGAACAAUAUUUGUUUAUGA